CCGCUUCAAGCUCCAUUUGGAAAGAGGCCUCUUCGCACCCAGCAUCGCGAAGUCUCUAGCGGCGCUCUUCCCCUCCACGCUACCUCACACGCCGCGCUUACGAUGCUCCGUCGCCUCCGCCCCGACACCUCGGCCCUCGCCUGCGUCUCGCACUUGCUGCAGCCCACGCACAUGUCGGCAGUCCCGUCGCCGUGUCGCACCUUCUCGCAGCUUUCCACAACCCCCCACCGCCUCCAACGUCUUCCCACCGCCUACGCGACGCGUGGAGUCGUCACAGGUCCCCCCAGCGACAGCCACAAGAAGAAAGCGGCGGGAGACCAGCUCUGCUGUCCGCAAUGCGGCGCUGCGCUCGUACUCGCAGAGCCUCUAGGCAGUGCGGACAAGUCGACGUCAUCAAAUCCUGCGACGUCAUCCACUUCAACGUCCCCGGUCGAAUUCAAAAAGGGUGACGUGGUCAAGUGCGUCACCUGCAACCUGCACUUCGCACUCAAAGCGCAGCCCCCGGCUCAGCCCAGCCCCACUUUCCGCAAUGCCGCAGCGGCUGCAGCAUUGAGCUCCUUAAGUUCGUCGCUGUCCCCAAGCAUGCAGACUACCCGUGGCUCCAGUCUGGGUGGACCCACGUACAGCGGCAACUUCCCGUCUUCCACACGUGGCGGACGCAUGAACGCCGACGGAGAAUACGAGAAAUUGGCCAAUGAGGCGCUUUUCGCCGCUGCGGCGGAUACGACAGUCAGCAAAGACCGCGUACUGACGCCCAGGGAGAUCUACGACGGACUGAACGAGUACGUUAUUGGCCAGGAUAAGGUCAAGAAGACGCUCGCUGUAGGUGUGCACAAUCACUACAAGCGUCUCCAUGCACUGGAGUUGCUACAGGCCAGGAAAGAGGCGGAAGCUGCUUGUGCCAAGCACAACGCAAGCUCUCAACAUCCACGUGCGGGGGGCGUGACGCGUCAACAUGUGGACAUGGAUGACUCGCGGUUGUCGAGUAUUGGCCGUCGUCUCUUGUUGGAGGAGAUUUAUCCUGGAUCAGAGAAGAAUGAUGCAGAAGUACCGCAAAAUUCGAAGCAACAUGCUUCAGAAGAGACGGCGGAGGCUCCGAAAACGACUGAGACGACACAUACGCAUGCGACUAGGCUGCAGCACCACUCGUUGGGCGACAAGCUGCAGUAUCUUGAAGGUGUGGAGCUGGACAAGACCAAUGUCAUGCUGGUAGGACCAACUGGAUCGGGCAAGACACUGCUGGCCAAGACACUGGCGCGAUUGGCGAAGGUUCCGAUUGUGAUUGCCGACGCGACGUGUCUGACUCAAGCGGGUUACGUGGGCGAAGAUGUCGAGUCGGUGUUGUUUAAGUUGUACCAGGCAGCCAACUACAACCUGGAGGCCACACAGCGUGGCAUCGUGUACAUUGAUGAGAUCGACAAGAUCACGCGUAAGAGUGAGAACGUGAGUAUCACACGUGACGUGUCGGGUGAGGGCGUUCAGCAAGCACUGCUGAAGAUCCUUGAAGGAAGUAUGGUCAAUGUGCCCGAGAAGGGCGGACGUAAGAACCCGCGCGGCGAGUACAUUACCAUCGAUACGACCAACAUCCUGUUUAUUUGUGGCGGUGCGUUCGCCGGACUGGAGAAGCAGGUCACGCGCCGGACGUCCCGAUCGUCUAUCGGUUUUGGAGCCCAGAUGCCCAAUAUGAGGCUGAAAGAUAGCGAUCAGAUCGGCCAGUUGCUGUCUCAAGCGGAGCCCGAGGAUCUCGUAUCUUACGGAUUGAUUCCCGAGUUUAUCGGACGCUUCCCGAUGCUAGUGAGCACUACGGGGUUAUCGAAGGAUGAGCUGGUUCAGGUGCUCACGGAACCUAAAAACAGUCUAGUGCGGCAGUAUAAGGCGCUGUUUGCGUUGAGUGACGUGGAGUUCCAUGCAACUGAAGGUGCCCUUGAGGCCGUGGCGGAGUCGGCUCUACGCAAGAACACAGGCGCGCGAGGACUGCGCUCCAUUUUUGAACGUGCGCUCAUGGAGACCAUGUUUGAGUUGCCCGACAUGAACGACGUGCGUGCCGUGUACGUGGAUGAAGAGGCCAUCUUGGGUCGCAAGCGGCCCGUGCUGAUUCGCGGCGUAAUGACGCUUGACGAGUACCUCAAAAACCUCGAGGAUGACAGUGACAAACGGGAAGAGGCUGUCUAAUCAGCUUCCUUGACCUCCUUACCUCGUGCAUCCCAGUGAUUGAAGAUGGAGCGAGGCAGUGGUGGUUCCUCUCUGUGUUUUAUCAAAGGUAUUUUAUCACAAACAACAACAUAUUGACGCCGCAGAAACGCGAGAAGACAAAGAAACUCACACAAACAAUAUAUUGAUUCGCUCCAGCGAAUUACCUUUAGCUGGCAUCCCAGUCUAACAUGUAAAUAGGAGUUCAACACACUUUGAACACGGUUCGUUUUGUUGUAUCAUGGA